CUAUAGAUAGAAGCCUAUAAUUUCAUUUUUUCUCAUUACCAAAAAGAUUACCAGAGUUACAUAUCAGAGGUGUUGAUCUACUUGUGUACCAGAGAGGUUGUGUUUAAACAGCUCUGUGUUCUAAGAUGGAGUCAUGUGUUGUUCCUUAAGAAGAGAUGCUGAUAUGCCAGAGAUGCACUUACUCACAAGCAUGAAUAGCAAAGACAAAACUCAGUGUUUGCAAUUCUCCUCCACAAGAAUACAUUGUUUUUUCACAGCAAUUACUUUUCCUAGUAUUUAAAGGACAGUGACAAAAAUGAAAGAGCUGUAGUACACUGGAAUGCAGCUUCUGCUGGAGCUGCAAGAACUUCUGAAAGAACUUGUGAAAAUGUGCAGUCUUAAGUGCUGCGGUCUCAGAGCCCUUUUCCUAUUGCUGCUCUAUAGGUCAAUGCAAAUUCCUGAAACCGAAGGAAAAAGUGAAAUUCUACCUCCAACAAUACAAAAAAUAAUAAAAGGGUACAACAAGUAUCUACGUCCAUUUUUUGAUAAUGGUCCUGUGUCAGUUGGAAUGAGUAUGGAUAUUGCAAGCAUUGAUACAAUAUCAGAAAUAAAUAUGGACUAUACAGCUACCAUAUUUCUAAGGCAGCGAUGGACUGAUGAGAGACUUUGUUUUGAUGGUAAUAAGAGUUUGAGCUUAGAUGGUCGACUCGUGGAAAUGCUUUGGGUACCAGAUACCUUCAUAGUUGAUUCAAAAAGGUCUUUUCUUCAUGAUGUCACUGUUGAGAAUCGUCUUAUAAGGAUAUACCCUAAUGGCACAGUUUUGUAUGCUAUAAGGAUUACCACAACUGUUUCAUGCAGCAUGGAUCUGACUAAAUAUCCAAUGGAUAAGCAGACAUGUACUUUGCAACUGGAAAGCUGGGGUUAUAACAUCAACGAUGUCACAUUUUACUGGACCAGAGGAAAUGAUUCAGUUCGAGGUUUGGACACACUCCAGCUAGCACAGUACACAGUAGAAGACCACUUUACCUCUGUAUCUGAAGCUGUGUAUGAGACAGGACGUUACCCAAAACUUGUGUUUCACUUUGAACUCAAGAGAAACAUCUUGUAUUUCAUAUUAGAGACAUAUGUACCAUCAAUCCUACUGGUUGUGCUCUCCUGGGUGUCGUUUUGGAUAAGCCAGUCAUCAGUUCCAGCCAGAAUCUGCAUAGGUGUCACCACAGUCCUUACGAUGACAACACUGAUGAUGGGAGCCAGGACUUCACUCCCAAACGCUAAUUGCUUUAUCAAGGCAAUAGAUGUAUACCUUGGUAUCUGCUUCAGCUUCAUCUUUGGAGCACUGUUAGAGUAUGCUGUGACUCAUUUCUGCACUCUGCAUCAACUCAGCUCGAAGGAAAUUCCAAAGAUUGUUGAUGAUGAUGCUGAAGAAGAGAAGAAUGGAGUCCUGGCAGCAGUGACAAACAGUUGCAGUGCCCCUGAUAAUACGAACAAGACCAAUUCAAACAAAAGCAGACAAACCAGCACUGACAGACAAAGGGAGAGAAGUCAACACAGUGUGUGUAGUUCAGCAAUGUCAGUAAUGAAAAGACUUUUCUGUAUCUUUGAUUGCUUCCAUGUUAAAAAUCCUUACCACAUAGACAACUAUGCCAGAUUCUCUUUCCCGUUAUCAUUCAUCAUAAUUAACGUACUUUAUUGGGUGUAUUAUUUGUAUUUAUAAAUAAUUUAUUUUGUAAAACUGGUUUAAAGUUUAGAAAGUGGACAUGGGAGGGCAAGUUGCAGAAAAAUGGAGAAGUUACAUUUGGAUAAAGGGAUAUGAAAGGACAUGCCAUCUUUUCAAGUGUGUUUGAAAAUUUUGUUAAGUCACUAUUCUGCUUUUAAAUGUCUGUCAUCCAAAACUGGCUUCCUAUUAGCAUGCAUGUCCUAUACAAAACUACUUAUCAAAGGCCAAUUAAGUCCUUUUUUUAAUAUUUAAUGGUCAACUUUGUAAAAUAAGAGUUAUAUUAUACUUGUUUCUGAACUGCAUUGAAUAAAUGUAAAAAUAAAUGAAAUAUUGUUUCCCU